AUGAGUAGUCAAAAAAGGAAGCAGAAGCAGAAUUCACACCACGGCUGUCGUCGAUGCAAACAGCGAAGUGUCAAGUGCGACGAAAAGCGGCCGGCUUGUUCCCAUUGCAUCAAGCGACAAGAGAUCUGCCACUAUGCUGCCUCUGGGCCCUGGAUCUGGACCCAGCAAUCCAUGCAGAUAGCCCAUGCGAGUUCCCUUAAAACAUCAGCAGCUGCAGCAUCAAAAUCGGAUCCAACGCUCAAUCUACAUCCCCCAGACCCUAUGACCAGACCGGCAAACCAUCAAGAUCCUCGCCUGAUGGUAUCACUACCACCAUCACCUCCACUCAUCAACACCUCCCUUCAUCACCAUCCCCUCUUCCUCAACUGGACCACCUCCACCUGCCACUCCAUCGCCCGCACCCCGAUCGACCGCCGGAUCUGGCAAACCGUGAUCCCCCAACAAGCCCUCAGAUGCCCGUACCUCCUCCACGGCCUCCUCGCCAUCUCCUCUCUCCACCUCGCCCUACAGCAACCUAUCUCACCUACCCAGCACCACCACACAAGCAGCCUAAUAACAGCAGCGGAACACCACCAAAGCGCCGCGAUCACGCUCCUCAUGCAAGCCCUGCCCAGCACCACCAACAGAAAAACCACCACUUUCGCCCUCUCCUGCCUACUUAUAGGCUUCGCAUUCGCCUUUCCCCUCGCAACCGCAAAACCCACCUCCCCAGGCCACCCCACUAUCAAACACAACCAGAACCACAACCCAAACCCCCUGGACGACCUCCUCAACAUCUUCACGCACAUCCGCAAAAUGAUGGCCUUCUCCACGCCGACGAUCCCGCACCUCCGCACAACCGAGAUGGGGGAUCUUCUCCACCUCCGCCUCAACCACAACGACCCUAAUCUGCCCCCAGCCUUAUCCCAACCCUCCCACCAAGCAAUCACAACCCUCCUGCAGCACCUCCACAACAGUUCCCCUACCUCCUCCAACUCCGAGGAAUACCCAAUCUACCAAACAACCAUCACCCAUCUCGCCCACCUCCUCGCCGAGCGCGACGACGACACCCCCAGAGACCUCGUCUCCGCCAGCUUCCUCUGGAUCUGUUCCCUGCCGACCGGGUUCCUCGACCUCCUACGGCGCCGCCGGCCGCUGGCGCUGGUUAUUCUGGCGCAUUACUGCGUGGUGCUGCAUGCGCUGCGGCAGCGGUGGUGGAUUGCCGGGUGGGGGCGGCAGGUGUUUCAGACGGUGUAUGACAUCCUAGAGGGUGAGGAGGAAGAGUGGAGGGUGACUUUGGGGUGGGCUUGCAGGGAAAUUGAGGAGGGAGGAAGGAAGUAGUACUAUACGCUGAGCUUACUCAUAGCUAAAG